AUGAACUAUAGAAUAAAAAAAGUUAGAAUAUAAUCUUUCAAAACUUAAAAAAAAGAGAAUAAGACUAAAGUGAUCGAAAUGAGGCUAAAACAUAUUGAUUAAAUUAUGGAUUUCAAAAGUACCGUUGAAAAACUUGGAAAAAAAUUAUAGUCAAACAAAAGCCCAAAUUCAUACAAUUGA